AACAAAUACAGCGAGGCGAAGAGGAUCUCGUUUUGCUGGAUGACGAUGCAAGGAUUAUUCGUAGCCGGUCUGUGUAAACGAACACAACGUUAUAUUUGUUGUUUAGGUUUAGUUAUAAGCGUAUUUUAUGUGUUUAGCCAGAAAGGACCAGUUUUGCGCGAAUAAAUUCUCAGUUGCCAUCAGUGUUAUAUUCAAUAUACUAUUCUAUAUUUGCAUGACGCAAUCUGUUGUCAAUUUCAGUCUAUAUCUGUAGCAAUGUAUUGCAGUCGCUUUGGUGUUAAUCUGUUUAUUAUUAAAUAAUAGCAUAUCAUUAGAAAACUAUAAAACUAAAGUUACAACUAAUUUAACUAACUAAUGCUAGUAGUAUUAUAUCCUAUAUAGUUAUUUUUCAGGUUAAUAUGAGUAAAACAGAAAAACGAUGGUCUUGCCCUUCAUGUACGUACGAUAAUUACUCAGCUUCUUCUAAGUGUUCUGUUUGUUUGUUUCCAAGAGUCCCAGAGGUUAUCCGUCCCCCUCCUCCAAAUCAAGAUGCAGGUUUACUCAUUGAGAGCUUUUCUGACUUCUCUGACACAAAAGAUAACGAACAUCAGUUAAUUAUUUGUCCUUCUGAUGCUUUACGAAAACCUGGGAAACAUAAAAGCAACUCAACAGAGGAUGUUAAAAAGGAAGAAACUGGAAGUUCUUCGGAAUUAGCAAAAUUUGUAGAGGAAGAAUCAUCCAAGAAGAGAAAUGACAUAAAUGUCAAUACAGAUCUGGCAGAACAACCAUGGUUCUGUGGAGCUUGCACAUUCAUAAACUCUCCUCAGCAUACAUUGUGUUCUAAAUGCCGAACAUCUAAAGAUAGCACUUCCCCUAGUGGUGCUAGUGCAAAGGGAGCCACUGCUUCCAAUUCUGAGGCAGCUACAGAAGACAACAAUACUAAAAACCGCAAAUGGACUUGCGCAGUCUGCACAUAUAUAAACUGGUGCUCUUCGAAAAUGUGCGUUAUGUGUCAGAAUCCUCAACCUUUGAGCAAUGCCAGAAUUGUAAGUGAUAUAGAAAAUGUUUCUUUACACACUGAGGUACAAACCUUGUCAUCCCAACCUUGCACCUCUUCCAACUAUCUUCUUGAAACUACACAAGCAAGCACAACCUCAUGCUCUGACUCUUUACCUGAAAUUGAAGUCUCAUCUGAAAAGGGAGACCAAGAAAAAUAUUCUCCGGAGAAGCUACCAAUAAACAGUGACCACCUUUUAGAAAACAUAAGGUCCAGGUCCUCCAGUUCGUCAAGUAGUAACUCACAUUCACCACGAGAGGAACAACAAGCUCAAGCCACCCCAAAGUCCAGAAGUCGGAGACAAAGAAGACAAAAUCAAGAUAAUCAGGCUUGCUCAUCGCGAUCUAUUACCAACAAUGGUCAGCGUGGCACUGCUUGUGGUGGUAACUUAUCACGCAGUAUGUCAUCAAGCCACUUGCCUUCAUCACGACUUGAAAUUCUUGACAACCGUUCAAUGAAAACAAGAUCGCGCAACCAAAACUGGCUGUUUCUAAAGGCAUGCAUCGGAGUGGUUGAAGAAAAUGCAGAAGCAGUCGAUGCUUACUUAGCAAAUGGUGGAAAUAUUGCUCGUACAUUGACUUUAGAUGAAGUCAAUUUACUCAACCGACCUUCUGCGUUUGAUGUCGGUCACACACUAGUACACCUUGCCAUUAGGUUUCAAAGACACGGGAUUCUAGCUCUCCUUCUUAACCCAGAGAUUGCACCAAGGGGGUUUAAACGCAAUCCAGCCCAUCUUAGCCCACAAAUCGCUGAUCUUAUUCGACGUGAGAUUAUGGCAAGCCUACGAACUCGGAAAGGAGAUUUUCAUUGCAGAUUUCUCUCAGAAUUCACCACUUUUCAGCUCCCUAUAGAAAUAUGUGAUUUACCUCCAACUAUACAAAAACUUCUGUUUAAUGAACUGCUGGAUCAAAAUGUUCAGAAAGAACUGGAAGAGGAAUGUGCUAUUAACUGGUCCCCUUCCCUCAUGCACACUGGCGACUGCAACAGCCGGCUCUAUGCACUCUGGAAUCGCUCGGCAGGCGACUGUUUGCUUGACUCUGUGCUACAAGCAACAUGGGGGGUGUUCGACCGCGACAAUGUCUUACGUUCUGCAAUGUCUGAGAGUUUGCAGGAUUGCGCAACAAGUUUUUUUCGUCGUUGGCGGGAAUGGGAGCAAUAUCAAGCACAACUACUCGGGUUCACUUUCACAGAGCGACAGUGCCUACAGGACUGGGCUUUUAUCAACUCACUCGCACAGCAGCCUGGUGCUGCAUUAGAACAUUGUCAUAUCUUUGUACUUGCUCAUAUUCUAAGACGUCCCAUAAUCGUGUAUGGAAUUAAAUACCUGAAGAGCUACAGAGGGGACACACUGGGUUUCGCAAAAUUUCAAGGUGUUUAUCUUCCCUUUUUAUGGGAUCAGGUGUUCUGUUACACAAGCCCAAUAGCACUUGGAUACACACGUGGCCAUUUUACAGCUCUUGUUACAAUGGAAAAUGAUAGCAAGGACAUUUGUGCUGGAGCCCAACAUAGAAAUCAAACAUACAACACAAUCAAGCACCUCCCACUGGUAGAUAGUGAUGGGAAGGUUUUGCCGAUCCACUUCACUCUGAGGGGGCAGGGUGUAAGUGAAGAUCAAAGGAAAGAAAUCUUAAAAGAAUGGCUUGAUUGUCAUGUGACAGAUGAGGGUUGGUUGGUUGCUAGGCAACGACUCGGAAAGCGACCUCCAUCGGUGACGAGAUUGUUGGAUGAAUGGCUUGACCAUUACCGACACAUGUCUUUUCGAAGAUUGGGAGAAGAAGGGCAUUCGGAUGCGGAAGAUUAGAAGCCAUGUUUUAUGGGAGUUUCAAAAUUCAAGAGUUUGGGUUUCCGUAUUUUUUACUGAAUAGUCAAGUUUUUGUCAGUGCUGGUUUAUGUUUUGUGUUCCACUUUGUGCUUUCAAUAAGUUUCUAUUGUCCUGUAUUGGUUACAUGAGUAAUUAUGUGUGAUUGGGUUGUCUGACUGUUCUGACACUCAUUCUACUGCUGUGUCCUCUCAAAUAAUAAUGCAUUGUGCCAAAAACAGUUUUUGGCAGAAAUGCAUAUAACGUGCGCAUGCAAAAAAUGGGCAAAUGCGGAAUUAUUAAAAAAAUAUUUAGGACAAUUUCUGUCACAAUCUUAACUCAUACUAACCACACAGUUAAAACAAUAAGAACUUUAUAUUAUAAAAAUGAAAUGGUUUAAAAUUGCAUUGGUUUGUGCUAAUGCUGUGGAUUGUUAUUCGUUCACUGUGAUGUCUUGUAGCUGCCACUAAUAUUUAUAUAACCAUAAAAAUACCGAGAUUUGGUUACAAUUGCCUAAGAGCAGAUUUCUACCGAAAUGACAAUUUUUACCUGUCUAAGGCAAACAGACAACUUCCUAUGGAAACAUUUUAUUGUACAGUUGUCUGAUUUAAUUGUUUUUUCUAUUUGAAUAAUCUUGCAUCUUGAAAAAGACACCGAGGCUGAGAUUUCUUGUCUGUGCAAAUCACUGUUACAUUGGAGACUUUGCUCAUAAUACAUUGUUCUGUAUAUUC